AUGCGAGCGGUGCUACCAGGGAGACCCCCAGCGAAGCUCCAGUCUUUCAGCACAGCGCUGUGGGAUGGUCUCCGCGUGGUUGUGUACAUUUCCGGGCAUGCGCUGGUUAUUCUCGGCGGUCCGCAGACCCUCCUUCAGACCAUCUACGUGGACGAGGCCAAGACGCUCGAGGCUGUGACGAUCGAUGAAGCUUCUGGGAAAAUUGCUGUAUGUGGUGGGCCCGACGUUUUCAUUUACCAGCCGUACGGCAUCCAGCAUGAAACGUUGAAGUGGUCUCUUCUACAUACCUUUCGCAGCGAAGACGAUGCCGAGACAAUCCGAACACUGUCAUGGGGCUCCCCCGACGAGCUACUCCUGGGCAAUUCGCACCUCACACUAUGGUUCUUAAAUGACGUGCCGCGCCUCAUUUGGAAGCAGAAGCUCGCCAACCCGGUGAAGUUCGCACAGUUCUCUCCCGAUUCGACACUGGUGGUCACUACGGGACAUUACGACCGCAUGGUCAAGGUUUGGCGGCGGCUCUCCUUCGGUGCAGAUGAUGUGCGGUUCGAGGUUUCAUAUCUUCCACACCCAGCGGUUGUUACAGGGAUACAUUGGCGUAAGCCGAUUCACCGAGAACAAUCCAUGGAAAAUGUGUUCUACACACUGAGCGCGGACAAUAAGAUCAGGGUCUGGGCGGCGAUCGACCAUCAUGCGCCGACGCCUCUCCAGUUAUGGACGGAGAUUGACAUGGGCGCAUCUGUUCAACCGAGGGAGACUGCGGAUGAGAAGAAUAGGCGUCGAUAUGGGUUCAUUGUCGAUAGUCGAGAAUUUUGUCUUGCGACUGAACGAGCGGUGCAGCGGAGCGCAGGAAACAAGGAGAACCAUGCCUUGGAACACAUUAUUGAAGUUGCGAACAAGAACCCGGAAAUUUGCGUCGUGCUAGAUGGACAAGGUCAUAUGUCUGCAUGGGCUUUGGAGGAUGUUGGGUCCAAGGCCAAGUCGAACAUGAACGCUUUCAACAUUCUUCAUGUAGAAAGCAUUGAUUUCUCCUUCAUGUCUGGACUUUCCGCGGAGGAGGAUUAUGCUCAGUUCUGUGCUUUUCAGACCACUCCAUUGGGCGACUGUUUUUCUAUUAUUGUCCAUCAUUUCGAUGGCAGAAUUGAGUGGGUUGAUUCGCAAGUUGAUGUCCUGUUUGACCCAACGCCGCGCAAAAACCGGAUCGCCCUGAAAGCGUCUUGGACCGGACAUACUGAUCCGAUCAAGAAGAUCGUUCGAAACGCAGCUGGAGACACGCUUGUUUCUCGGACUAACGAGAACAAGGCCACGAUCUGGAAGCAAAGGUGGAGACAUGGUCGGUCGGUUUUGGUCCGGAAGAGCUGGCUCUACUCGGACGAACACAUUCAUCGUAGCUGUGUGAUAGAAAGUGGUGACUUUCUGGUCAAUCUUCACCAUUAUGGCAUAUCUGUCUGGGAUGUCCGCGCGUUUCAUGCCCGAAAGAUCGCCUUUCAAUCAUUCGAACUCUCGAGCAAACCGCUCUGCGUCCUUCCCUUACCGACAGCGGAUAAGGGCGGCAACGUUGUCUACAUCGCAACAAUAGGGGCUGAUAUGAAUGGAAUAGCGUGGGAGAUACGUUUACCCACUGGCAAAGCUCAGACCAACGGUGUCAUGUCAGCUACACAGUGCUCACUGCGGAAGUUUUGUACCUUCAAUCUUGGUCUCGACGAGGACAUGUCGUACAUCUUGCCUGUCGACCCUGCAGGCCCUCAAAAAGCAGUAUCGGGAUUCUUCGACCUCUUUUCGCCUGAUAUAGCGCUGUCGUAUACUAGGCGAGGUGUCAUUCAUACCUGGACUGCCAAGGUCGACCAGCAGAAUAGCCAGGUUGAGUUUUUGCUGACCUCGACCGUCGACACGGGCAUUGAGAAUCCCUCCCUCGCCAGUGGGAGCUCUACCAAGAAGGCAGCUCUGGUAGACGGCGAUCGCACUCAUCUGACUAUCUGGGAUACAAACGGUGCGCAACUGGAGUUCGAGGAACAUUUCGCCCAACACGAUGUCAUUCGCGACCUCGAUUGGACAUCUACGCCAGACAAGCAGUCAAUCUUGGCAAUCGGCUUUCCGCAUAAAGUCAUAUUACUGUCUCAGUUGCGCUAUGACUAUCUUGAUGCUCGUCCAUCCUGGACGCAGAUCAGAGAAAUCUGGAUCCGGGAUCUGACACCUCACCCCAUCGGUGAUUCAUGCUGGCUUAGCAACGGCCACCUUGGGAUUGGCGCUGGAAACCAACUCUUUGUCUACGACAACGAGAUUGACGCCAGCGACCGCUUGGUUUCGCAGCUCCGCAUACCUUCUCGCGGUCUGUCUUCCGUUGACUUGUUCGAGGUUGUUAGUCGACUAAACGGUCCGCUACCUGUCUUUCACCCACAGUUCCUUGCGCAAUGCAUCCUCAGUGGCAAGACCAAUCUGGUGCAUUAUAUUUUGACGACUCUGCAUCAGAAAUUGAAAUUUUACAUUGAAGGUGACGACAUUGAUGGCUUUUUGGAAACGCCGCUGGAAGACUUUUACGUGGAGCACGAUAUUCCGCAGCAAGCGUCUUCCAAACAUUUACAAGCCUCGUACACCGACCUGGAUCUGAGUGAAACCUCCAAUGUGAUGGACGAAAACGCUGCCGCUGCGCUGAAUGAGAAUCUCUCUCGGUUCGCAUUGCCACAACUUUCCAGCCAUGAGCAGUUCCGUCUAGCUGAUACAAUCGAAUGCGUUGCCACGGUUGAGAAGCACCGACGGUCAAUGGAUGGCAAUGCUGCUCGCUAUCUUUUGUUCUUUCGACAACACAUGCUGAGAAGAAGUCAAGGCGUCGCAAAUAAGGAUACGGUUUCUUGGAGAGAGAUUGUCUGGGCGUUCCAUAGCGGCAGCCAAGAUAUCCUAUCCGAUCUUGUGUCAAGACAGUACGGCGGCAAGAUGCAAUGGGCGGCGGCCAGGGAAAGCGGUAUUUUUAUGUGGCUGACAGACGUUAAUGCUAUUCGGGCGCAAUUGGAGCUCGUCGCGCGCAAUGAAUAUACCAAGACGGAGGAAAAGAACCCCGUUGGGUGUUCCUUGUUCUAUAUCGCGCUCAAGAAGAAGAAUAUUCUACAGGGUCUGUGGCGGAUGGCAAGUUGGCACCGCGAACAAGCUGCCACUCAACGGUUACUGGCAAAUGACUUUCAAGAACCUCGAUGGAAGACUGCAGCUCUGAAAAAUGCUUAUGCUCUGCUUGGAAAACGGAGGUUUGAGUACGCGGCGGCUUUCUUCCUUCUUGCAGACCGGCUGCGCGAUGCGGCCAACGUCUGCUUGAACCAGGUUGGGGAUCUACAGCUGGCGAUCGCUAUUACGCGUGCGUACGAAGGAGACAAUGGUCCCGUUUUGAGAGAGAUCCUGGAAGAGAGGGUUUUGCCCGAAGCCGCAUCUGACGGGAACCGUUGGAUGGCAUCGUGGGCUUUUUGGAUGCUAGGCCGUCGCGACAUGGCCGUCCGUUCGUUGAUUUCGCCCGUCGAGACGUUGAUCCCUUCUACCCCUUCGUCUCCUGGAAGCCCUGGCUCAAUUUCACUACAAGCGAAGUCAUUCUUAUCCAACGAUCCUGCCUUGGUCGUUCUGUACAAACAACUUCGGGAGAAGACCCUGCAAACACUGAAAGGGGCUUCUCAGGUGUCAGCCCGAGCGGAAUGGGAUUUCAUCAUUCGCAACGCCCGACUGUAUGACCGCAUGGGAUGCGACCUUCUUGCCCUGGAUCUUGUGCGCCAUUGGGAGUUCCUGAGCGUACCUCCUCCACCGAAAACUUUGAAAGACAUCACGCACAAGCUGCAGGAAAACGGCGUCGAUUAUCGAAAGAUGCUUCGACGGCGAAGCAGUCUUGUGGUGGCAGACCUGCCGAUCAGAGCUGGUCUUUCGCAGGCACCAAAGACACCAGCUGUAUCACAGAAAACACAACCACCACCUACGAUGUUCCACGAACCCGACGCCAAUUCGCUGCUCGAUAGCUUCGGAUUCUGA